AUGACAAUCGUCAGUUUCAAUCCCAAUCUACUGAUCCCCCUGGUCCCACGUAUUCCCCGAAUGGUUCUCAAGAUUAUCGGAAUGAUUACCGCCCGAACAACCAGAGACCCGCUGGAAACGGCCCUUAUCAAGCCCCUUAUGCUGACCCCCGAUUCAGAUCGAACCAAAGCCCCUCGUCGAACCCGUUUCCGCAGCGUCAAUACGAACAGUAUGGGAACCAACCAUACAAUCGGAAUGACCCCCGAACCGAUUUUCAGUAUCGAUCACUCUGGAUACAGACUCCUCCCUUCCCGCCGAAUCAGUCGAAUCCGAAUCAGCAAGAUCAAGACCAAGUGA